AUUUAACAUGGUUUAUUGUGCUUGCAUUGUUAAUGAAUAUAAAAAAUAAAUUUAACAUUAGAAAAGGCUCAAGAAGCUCAAGAAAAAAGAGGUAAAUUUGAAGCUAAACAUACAAUUCUAAUAAGUAUAUGUUGGAAUAUUUUGGCAAUCCUUAAUAAGUGUAUAUUUAAAUGUCUGUUAAGGCUAAAACAAUAUGAAAAUACAAAAGAAGAUUCAUAUACAACAUUUUUUAGGCUGAUAAAAAAACUUAAUUCACUAAUUAAUCCAUGGACUAACAAUGAAAAACAUUAGCC